ACAGUUCGCUCCUCUUUUCGUGUACGCGCUACUCUCUCUCGCCCUCACACUCGUCCACCUUUUCGAUUGUCAGGCCUCCAGCGGCUAUCACUCGAGCAUGUAUGCAUGGGUAAAAGCAGUGCAGCAAAAUGUCAAAACAGUGAAGUGUGAUCUGUGCACGUUAAGAGAUCAGUGAACCUUAAAAUCGUAGAGAAAGUUCAGCGAUCUCUCGCUCUCCCAGUUCUCGCUCGGCAUAGUCUUUUGAAUUGCCUUAAGGCUCCUAGCUGCCACGUUUAGUGCGAUAUGCUCGGCAACUGGGCGCAACGGCGCCGUCAUCGUCAUCAUCGCCGGCGGCGCAGUUCCUCGCCUCGUUAAUCUUCCGCUCGCGGAUUAUGAUAACAGCUGACCGAAGCUUCCCCUAUAUAUUCGCUAUGAUGCUGCUUGUACUGCUGUUGCUGUCGCUUCUCGAUAGGAGCUUGGCUCAAGAAGCUUUCGCGGCGGAUCAGAGGUUUCUGGCUGGCUACGGUCCGACCACGAAGAACAACAGUGGCUGGCCGCAAUUCGAGCUGAGCGUUGCGCGCAACGUCACCAUCGCCGUUGGCCAGACGGCAUUUUUGCAUUGCAGAGUCUAUCAGCUCGGCGAUAAGGAGGUGUCGUGGAUGAGGAAACGAGACAUGCACAUCCUGAGCGCAGGUAUUGCCAUGUACACCUCGGACCUGAGGUUUCAAGUGAUCCACCCGGAUAAAUCGGAGAAUUGGACGCUACAGAUCAAGUCGCCUCAGCAACGCGACUCGGGCAUUUACGAAUGCCAGGUCAGCACCGAGCCCAAGAUGUACCUCAACUACACCCUUAACGUCGUCGAGCCACGAGCGAGGAUACUUGGUGCGUCGGAGGUGUUUGUGAAAACUGGUAGUUCGCUCACCUUGACCUGUGUCAUAUCACAGGGCCCGCACAAUCUCGGUACCGUCGAGUGGUACCGUGGGAGCAGCGUCGUCACCACAUCCAAGAUAUCCCCUAACGACGUUGACACCGAGCCACGAAUUGUCGUCGACAGCGAGUGGAGCGAUGCUCUUACCUCCAGAUUAAAAAUCAACCGAAUAAGGUCGACUGACACUGGAAAUUACAGUUGCGUCCCGACAGCCGCAGAAAGAGCGAGCGUCAACGUGCACGUGAUCAACGGUGAACACCCUGCGGCGAUGCAGCACGGCAACACAGCAGCCGGUUGGCCAACAUCGCGAACGAUUCUCUUGGGUUUGGCUUUCUUCCUUGGCCAGCUGAGAUAAUGUGCGGGCCGUGCGGCACGACCGAACUAAAUCGACGACCCGAACAGCAAAUGCUCGCAGAAAAUAACGAUAAAAAAUGAAAGAAAAUGGAAAAAAUGCGUCAACUGUCUUGCUCCGUCGUGCGUCAUCGCCUGCAGUAAAUAGCACGGCGACGCUUCCUCGCGACAUUCACUUGUCUCUCUUUUCGGCAUUCGUCGUCGACGACGAGGAGUGAAUAGACAAAGACGAUGGGAAAUCACUACUUUCCCGGAGAAGUGAAGAGGAGCCUUGAAAACGCUCUGGGAAGAAGCUUUGAAUGGCAAAAGCCAACGGCAAAGGACUAGCGAGUGAAAGAGAGAGAAAGAGAGAGAGAGCCUGACUUCCCUUGCUGUCUUUUGCCGAGCGCAUAACUGAGACCAUUGAAAGGAUUAGACUGUUGUAUGUAUGUGUAUAUGCGUGACUGAGUGCAAAAGCAAAAUAAAAAUAAAAAGCGAUUUGUCUGGGUGCGUAUGUGGGUGUAUGUAUGUGUGUAUGUAUAUAGAAGAGAAAAAGAGCUCGAUCGGGUUGUGAUCAGUCAUGCGAAGAGCGAAAAAGACAAACUAGUGUUCGCUCUUUUUCGCAAAAAAAACCGAGAGUUCUGUGUGUGUGUGUGCGUGUGCGUGCGUGCGUGCGUGCGUGCGUGCGCGCGCGCAUAUGUGUAUAUGUUAUUGCGUGUAUUCGCGCAAAUUCCAUGCGCCGCAAGACCUUUCUAGUGUUACACAUAUAUGUAUGUUCACCAGCGAGACACUAUUAAAAACCGUGCACGCACGCGUAAUUAUACAUACGAAGAGAGAAAAAGAGAUAUAGAUAUUAUUAAUGAUGAUUACAAGAACGACAGAAGACACGUACACAUCGUUUAUGAAAAGAUAUAUUAUAUGAUAUACAGAAACAAAACAAACACGUAGGGUUUUCUUAGAGUGAAAGAGAACUAAAGUGUAUUUGCGUGAUAAAAAACAAAGAGAGAAUGUUCGAUGAGUUUUUCAUUUUUUUGUUUUAUCGUAAGUGUCUAAGAUACGAAAAAAAUGAAAAAAAAAACAAACUUCGAGACAUUUAGUGUAUACCCUUUAAACGCCCUUUCCAAAUGCGACACUCUUCGACACCAUCUUGUACAUAAU